CAGAUGAGGCCGCAGGGAACUCUCUCACUCUCUGGGUCUUUCCCCCCAGACGUGUCUCAUGGUUUAUCCCGCAGGCCCGACUCUCGCCACCCCCUGCUGGUCGGACUGUACCACUACACCCUCAGUUCCAAACUCUCAUUCCUGUCACAGACUCAGUGUUGAGCGCGUCCCUCUCUCUCCAUGGCUGUCCCGCUGCUGCUCGCGCUGUGUCUCUUCCUCCCGCCCGUGUCCGCCUCGCUCUCCCUCAAUCCCGCGGAUCUGCUGCUGUGGGACGGGGUGAGUCUGUUCUCCCGGGGCGACUGGUAUGAGGCCAGGGACAGACUGCUGGGGGCGCUGCGGAGCCUGCGGGAGGUGCGGGGAGCCAAGCUGAGAUGCGCGGCACAAUGUGGGCUCCGCGGGGCCAGACUGGAGGAGGCGGUGUUGGAACGUGCGGAAUGUCUGGGGGCCUGUGAGAGGCUGGAGCUGGGGGAACCUUCCCGAUACCGACUGACCCAAGAGACGGAGAGGAGCUUCCACAAGGCCACGCCCUAUAACUACCUGCAGAUCAUCCACUAUAAGCUGGAGGAGUUGAACGAGGCCGCUGCUGCCGCUUUCACAUUCUACUUGAGGAACCCGCACCACGAGCAAAUCAAGGAUGACGUGCAGCGCUAUAGGACUAUGAAGGGUGUGAGCAAACAGAGCUUCCGGGACCUGGAAGAACCCCAUCACAUGGUGCUGUACUCUAGAGCAGUCUCUUUGCUGUCUGAAGGAAAGCUUAGCAAUGGCGUGUGGCGCCUGGAGGAGUCUCUGGCUCUCUACCUCUCGGCACUGGAGGAGUGCCGUUCCCUGUGUGAGGGGACAAGAGAGCAGGAAAAUGAGGAGCACAGGGAUAUAUCUGAGGUAAUCGCAGAAUAUUACAUCCAGGUGUUGCAAUGCAAGCAGCGAUGUGUUCUAGAAGGUUCCUUGGGGCAGAAACGAUCAAGGGAGAACAUCAUUAUUUCCCACCUGGCUCUGCUGGAGGAGGGCUACACUAAACUUGAGAAGUGGGAAGCUGCAGCUCAGAUCACCCAAUCCCUACUGCUCUUCUAUCCGCACAAUGAGACCAUACUAGGGAGACUAUCGGAGUAUGAGAGGACACUGCAGGGUCGGAGCAGUACAAAGCCACGGGAGAGUAUUGCUGCAUAUGUAAGCCAGUCGCUGUUGGAGAAGAAGCUACUUUAUUAUGCAAUGGAAAAUCUGGGAAUUUCGUUUCAGGAUCCUGAUUUGUGGACUCCAGAAGAAAUCAUCCCUGAGAGUCUCAGAGAGACAGUGAGGUUGGAGAGAGAGGCAGAGGAGCAGAGAGGGGCGGACUUGCCGUAUGAAGAAGUUACUGUGACAAUGACCCCAAAGCAAAUGAAUGGGACAAUGAGAGUAACUAUGGAUGGAGUGAUCAGCAAGGAGGAAUGUGAGGCUCUACUGGGUCUGGCACAGGAGGCUGCAGGAUCUGGAGAGGGAUUCAAAGACAGACGGUCACCUCACACUCCUCAUGAGAGAAUUCAGAGUCUCGGUGUCCGACAAGCUUUACAGAUGGCCUCUUCUGGAUCUGUCAAUUCCUCCCAAGCUCAACUCUUCUAUCAAACCAGCGAGCGGGCCCGGGUGCUGGCAGAGGUUUAUUUUGGAACAGAGAGCCUGCACUUCUCCUACACUCAUCUUGUAUGUCGCACAGCCAUCGAAGGAAAGCAGGAGGGACGCACAGAUGUCAGUCAACCUGUCCAUACAGAUAACUGUGUGCUGGACACUGAGGAGAAGAAGUGCUGGAGGGAGCCCCCGGCCUACAUACACCGAGACUUCAGUGGCCUACUGUAUCUGAAUGAGGAUUUCCAGGGGGGCAAUCUCUUCUUUACAGAAAUGGAUGGCACCACCAUCACGGCGGAGCUACACCCCAGCUGCGGCCGACUGGUCCUGUUCAGUUCUGGUGGGGAAAACGCCCAUGGGGUGCGUGCGGUUACAGGGGGCAAACAAUGUGCCAUAGAGCUGUGGUUUACCAAAUCAGCAGAACAUGCAGAGCAGACAAGCUCCCAAUCAAAAGCUCUUGUGAGAGACCGGGAUGAACCCCAAGAAAGCACAGAGGGUGAGACAACAAGAAACAGAAGAGUGAGCGGCAGGAGUGGGCGAGAGACAGUUGCUGCUGGUGAUGCGACCUCUUCAGACCCAGAGAGACCCUCAGGCCGAACACAUCAAAAGAGAGCAGCCAGGAAGUUUACAGAUGAACUCUAGAGACCGCUCAGUGAAUGGGAUGUGAAUGAGACUGCCCCACUGUGUGUGACCAUAAUGCUUUAUAAAUACGGGAGGCUCAGUGUGUAUUAAUCAAUUCCCUGGGGUGGGACGUGGGAGAAGAAACCAAGUCUCUGCAGGGGUGGGGGACAUUGCUGUGCAGAGCUCUGGCAGGGAAAGGGUUAAAUGAGCAAUGUUAUUAAGUAGUGAAUGCUCUUAUCUGUGCUUGUAUAGAAUUUGGGUUGAUAGGUUCAGCCACUGGCCUUAGAGGUGAUGCAAAACUACAACUCUCACCAGCACAAAGUCAUGGGUUGUAGACAAGUGUAACUAGGUCACUGCUUUGCAGCUAUUCAUUAGGAAAAUAUCCUGCAGAUGUGUGGGUGGGGGUUAAAUCAUUUCCCCAAAGAUAACUGCUGCUAUUCAAGGAAUGGGUUAAUGGAGAAAUCCACUUGAAAUGAGAGCGGGGGGGGGGGGAUCAGGGAUGAUAGUAAGUGGCAGGGUUAAUGGGGUGGGUCAGGGCAGGUCGUUUUGGGAUGUAGGGAUAAAGCUGUGUCUGUGCUCAGGCCCCGGGGCCGUCACACCUCUGCUGUGCCAGAAUCUCAGGAACUUCUACAUAAUGACCCCCCUGUGUGUGUUCAUCCAACCUGCAGGGCCGACAGAGAGAUGUGCCCGGACCUGUUAUCCACACACAGGAACCCCCUUUCUCUAGCAGAUCUCGGUAUCUUCACAAAGGGGGCGCCUCUUGGCCUCCUGUUGUAAGACUACGGUACAAAACAGCGAGAUCUUUCUCUGACGGAUCACAAAGUUUGACCCAAAUAAUACACAUAACACACAAAUGUCUCUGUCUUAAAUAUAUUGAUAAUGGGUUGAGUGCAGAGGACUCUUGUAUUUGUCAAUACACGUGCCCCCCGGUUUCCAAUAUUUUAUGUUCUGCAAAGGCUCCAAAAAACCUUUAUAAAUAUGAAUUACAAA